AAGCGUGUAUUAUGGUUUAUUAUAUUCGUACUAAUAGUUAUUGUGAUGGAGAAAAUGUGGUUUUAUUCCUAUAACCUGAAUGCCACGGAUCAGCCUAUUGUUUUGAUACACAACACAUCAAAUUGGAUAAACAAGACAUCGAAGACUGUGUUGAUAUGGACCUACUUCUUCUCUGAUCAUAACUGGGCGGAUUAUUUUAAUACAGCGUUUCAACAGUGUAAGUUUAAAUGUAUUGCUACCGGAGAUAAAUCAAAAAUAAAGUUUGCAGAUGCCGUUGUAUUUCAUCUACGUGAUAUAGAUAGUGUGAUUCCGGAAUACAGAGAAAGCAGUCAAAUAUGGAUUAUAACUAAUGCAGAAUCACCUCUCAAUGCAGUUUCAAGUGUUUAUAAGAAACGUAUAAACAGUAUGUUUAACUGGACAAUGACGUAUAGACCGGAAUCAACAGUGCAUAGUUAUUACGGACGAUAUAUCCCGCUAACUGACGAUGAACGCAAGAAUUACACGCCAAUUAAUUAUGCAGCAACCAGAUCAAUGAUGGCUGCAUCAAUUGUUAGUAACUGUGCUGAUGAUGCACAUAGACUGAAAAUUCUGUCAGAGCUUGGACGUUACAUCCAACUACAUCAGUAUGGAAAUUGUGGAUCGCUACCUUGUCCGGGAACAGAACACAUAUGUAGAUCAAACAAAUAUCGAUUUAGGAUUGCGUUGGAGAAUUCAAUAUGCAGGGAUUACAUCACCGAGAAGUUUUGGAACUCUCUUCGCGACGAAGUCAUUCCUGUCGUCCAUUGGCCAUGGGUUGAAGAAACGUCAAUUACAGAACUUGUACCGCCGAAAUCUUUUAUAAAUUUACAUGACUUUGAUUCCAUUGCACAUCUAGGUAGGUAUUUGAUUUAUCUUGCAAACAACGAUACAGAAUUCAACAGUUACUUUGAAUGGAAGAAACUCUAUCGCCUAAGUUUGGAUACACCCAUGGCUGCUAUCGAACUUUGCACUAAAUUACACCAACCAAGACGGGACCAGGAAAUCACUGAUUUAUACCGGUGGAUUCACAAUGACACGAAGACUUGUAGGCGUACACAUAUUUUUUCAAGAAUAAAAGACUUUUUUCGUUGGUGAUGAUGCAUCAAGACAGUCUAUAUACACUUACACGUAAUUUCGCAAAACAGACAGCACUAAAAAAGUAUCUACAUAGAAUCAUAAAGAUCAUAACCGAUCUGCCUCGUCGUCAGGAAAGGACUCCAGAAUAGUCGGAACACCGUUCUAGCUCACCUGCCCCGAAAGAACAUGCCACAAAACUUAUGUCAUACCGCGGAAUCCGUCGUCCGCCCGUCUUUCCGUCUUUUCCCUUUUCCUACAAAACACUACUAGUUUUACGAGGGCUGGUUGAUAAGUUGUGAGUCUCAUAUUUAAGAGUUAGACUUUUAGAUAUAUUGCAUCCUUUGACAACAUAAUUCCAUUCAGCAUGUAUACAUUUUUUGCCAGCGAUGUUUAAGGGCCGCAUGUCAUGGUUCUUUACCUAUAGUCUUCAUGACUUCGUACAGUAUUUCGUAAUUAUCGGCUGAUUUCUUACAGUAUUCAUCGUUAUUGAAUGACGCAUGAAUUUUGUGAAAACACACAAUGUAAUGCUGUGAUUUUCUCAUGUCUGAUUUAAGCGUGUUUUGUUGAAUAUUUUUACAUAUUGAUGUAAUUUUUAAAUGACUAGAUUGUACAUUAAGUACGAGAGUAAAUGUGAUAACGAGAGCAUGUACAUUUAUAAAUGGACGUUAUUUUACCAAUGUGUAAGGAAGUGAUUAUUAUUCGACUAAAAAAAUGAAAAUUGUCCUUCUUAUAUUACGGUAAGGAACUAGAGAUAAAGAAUUUAUAUGAUAUAUUUGAAAGUGUGUGAUUGUGUGUGUAUGGUUUAUUUCCUUAUUUCAUCAAAGAUAGUGAGUGUGACUUGCUUCACAGAUUCCAUUUCAAUGAAUUAACAAAGUAUAACUUUUAUGUUGUACAAUAAAUGUUUAUUAUAUAAUCGAUUCGCUCGAAAGA